AUGAAAGCAACGGCCGUCGUACUUCUAUUUAUUGUAGCAGUGGCAGUAGCCGUGGAUGAAGAAUGUCCGCAAGAACAGGAAACUGACUGGACAGUUGAAAAACUUCUUCGUCAUGAGGAUUGUAACAAAUUUUAUAAGUGUACCCACGGCGUACCAGUUGAACAAACAUGCUAUGGAGAUCUGUAUUUCAAUUUAGAAACUUGGCAAUGUGACUGGCCACACAAUGUAGACUGCACUGGUAGAGUUGAACCAACGACACCAGCACCAUCUACCACAUCCACGACAACUACUUCAGUACCAACUACUACAUCAACGACAACUACUCCAGCAUCAACUACCACAUCCACGACAACUACUUCAGCUCCAACGACGACAACAACGACUCCAACGCCGACUACUACUACUACAACUACAACAACGACACCGGCGCCAACAACUACUACAACCACAACUACGACACCGGAGCCCACAACUACUACAACGACAACAACGACACCGGUGCCAACAACUACUACAACUACCACGACGACACCAGUACCGACUACUACUACUACUACAACGACACCUAAACCUACCACUACUACGACCACGACAACGACUCCGGCACCAACAACAACAACGUCAGCCCCAAUCGAUCCCGAUUUCCUUCCAAAUGGAUGUCCAGUUAAUCCACAUAUUCAUUGGUUGCUUCCACACGAGAAUGAUUGCAACAAAUUUUAUUAUUGUGUAUGGGGUGAGAAAGUCCUCAGAGUGUGUCCUUCAACCCUGCACUUUAACCCAGUACUUCAGGUAUGCGAUUGGCCAAGAGACGCCGGCUGCGCUACGUCUUUCAACAAACACUAUGAAAACAGAAGAUUUCUUCUAGACACAUUAGCAAUUGUCAUUUUGUUUACCGCUGCAGUGGCAGUGCCCUUAGACGACGAAUGUCCACAAGAACAGGAAGAUGACUGGACAAUUGAAAAACUUCUUCGUCAUGAGGAUUGUAAUAAAUUUUAUAUAUGUACCCAUGGCGUAAAAGUUGAACAAACGUGCUAUGGAGAUCUGUAUUUCAAUUUAGAAACUUGGCAAUGUGACUGGCCACACAAUGUAGACUGCACUGGUAGAGUUGAACCAACGACACCAGCACCAUCUACCACAUCCACGACAACUACUCCGGCACCAACUACUACAUCAACGACAACUACUUCAUCACCAACGACGACAACAACGACUCCAGCGCCAACUACUAUUACAACUACAACGACACCGGUACCAACUACUACUACUACAACGACACCUAAACCUACUACUACUACGACCACAACAACGACGCCAGUGCCAACUACUACUACAACUACAACAACCACACCGGUACCAACUACUACUACUACUACUACUACUACAACGACACCUAAACCUACCACUACUACGACCACAACAACAACACCUAAACCUACCACUACUACGACCACAACAACAACACCUAAACCUACCACUACUACGACCACGACAACGACACCAGCGCCAACUACUACUACAACUACGACAACCACACCGGUACCAACUACUACUAUAACGACGCCUAAACCUACCACUACUACGACUACAACAACGACACCAGUACCCACAACAACCACAACAUCAGCCCCAACUCUACCUGAUUUCCUUCCUAAUGGAUGUCCAGUUAAUCCACAUAUUCAUUGGCUGCUUCCACAUGAGAAUAAUUGCAACAAAUUUUAUUAUUGUGUUUGGGGUGAGAAAGUCCUCAGAGUGUGUCCCUCCACCCUCCACUUCAACCCAGUACUUCAGGUAUGCGAUUGGCCACGAGACGCCGGCUGCGCUGCGUCUCUUAACAAACACCGUGAAAACAGAAGAUUAUUACUGGACAGUAUAAAUUUUUAAGUCACAAGAAGAGUGUAAUCAACAAAAAAGAAAAUCUGCUGCAGUUUUAUAAGUGAUUUUGCUUUUUCUUUAAAUGAUUUUUUUCGCAUACAAGAUUCAAAUUACUAAGCUUUAUUUAUUACUCAAAAUAUAAUUUCUUAAAAUUCUUAUUUA